CACAACAUAAUGGCCUGGAAAAUGUAUUGUUUUUGUGUUUGAUUUGCCGUUCGUCACACGGAACGCCGUCCGCCGUUGCCGCCUGCCCGCCCGCCCGCUAUACAUCGUCCGCCGCCGCCGCGUCAAAACCGCUUUUCCGCCGCCGCCGACGACGACGGACGGACGACGAUUUUCGGUCAACACGGUAACACACGGCCGUCGCCACAUAGGGCAGUUGGCCGACCGCGCGAGGUUCUUGUUGUGGUGACCCCGCCGGCAAACCGAAUCGUCGCCAACCCGUUCGAUUUUGCACGUCGGCGACGCAGCCCACUCGUCUGGUUCGCACUUGGACGUCGCUGGACACGCGCGACACCGUUAUGACCGCCGCCACCACCACCCCGUAUUUCAGAACGUAUAGAUACAAACAAUAUGGAUCAUCUACUAAUAGAUAAAUGAAUGCUCUCCAUUUAGGAACAUGUUUACAAACAUACAACUAAUGAUGUUGAUUUCUUGAAAAUGCCGAUAUCAUUUAAAUGGAUUGGAAAUUUAUUACUGUGGGAAAAUUGGUGAUGCCGAAUUCCAAACUAUGUUUUGUGUUGGUGUUAUUGCUAAUAACUACAACAUUAAAAUGCAGUUCAGCAAUGUCAGUUAUAGCUAAAUACCCACAGAAUACACAGUCAGAAUGUUUUUCAAACCACCUACUUCACAUGGCUGUAGACAAGAGUUUAGGGGGUCGAGUUUACAUUGGUGCAGUAAACAAAUUAAUACAACUAGAAGGGUCUAAUUUAACUGUGGAAACAUGUGCCAAUACUGGUCCACUUUCAGAUAGUCCACAAUGUCCAGCAAGUGGUUGUCCAACAUCUCCACCCGUUGAAACCUCACUUACUGACAACUAUAACAAAAUUCUAAUUAUCGACUUAGAAUCUCGAAUGUUAAUAGUAUGUGGUUCUAUUUUCCAAGGGGCUUGUAACAAGUAUAAAAUGUCAAAUGUGUCAUUACCAGCACAAUUUAUUUCUAUGAGUAUUGCUGCUAAUACAGAACAAGCUUCUACGUAUGCUUUCAUUGGACCAGAACACUAUAAUAAUUGGGGUUAUUCAAAUGUAUUGUAUGUUGGAACCACUUUUACUAACAAUGGAGAUUAUAGACAUGCUGUACCAGCAAUUUCAAGUCGCAGCCUUUAUAAUUUAAAUUUAGCAGAAACUUCAUUUUUAAAACAAUCUUCACUUAACAUCAACGUUAAUUAUCGUGACCGUUUUCUUGUUAAAUAUAUAUAUGGAUUCAACUCGAGCGAUUAUGCAUAUUUUGUUGUUGUUCAAAAACAUUCACCGUUGCCGGGACAGGAAGAACUAGGAUAUGUUACUAGAUUAGCCCGAGUUUGUAUAGAUGAUGCCAAUUAUGAUAGUUAUACUGAAGUUACAUUACAAUGUAUGGUAAAAGAAACGUCAAACUCUGAUGAUUUGGUGAAUUAUAAACUUGCUCAAGACCUAAAGCUAAGUAAUGCCGGUGAAGACUUAGCAGCUAGUCUUGGUAUUGACACCGAUGACCAAGUUUUAGUUGGAUCUUUUUCACCAAGUCUAGGCAUUACUAAUGAACCAAUGCCAAAAUCAGCUAUCUGUGCAUUUAGUAUGCAAUACAUUGAAUCUAAGUUUAAUGAAAACAUUCACAUGUGUUUUAAUGGUACCAUCAAAUAUCGUAAUAUGCCUUAUGUUUCUGGACUAAUAUUGCAAGGAAACUGUCCUACUGCAGGAUCGACUGGAAACAUAUUAAACUUUUGUGAAAUUGGCUUAAAAAUAUCGGGAACAGAACCAAUUACUACACAAGCGGCAAUAAAUUUUCCCGAUCAUCUUAUUACUUCAAUAACAUUAGCAACGACAGAAAGAAAUACCAUUAUUUUUUUGGGAACUUCAACAGGAAUUCUUAAAAAGGUGUUAUUAUCAUCUGCAACACAUGCUGUAAAUUAUGAAGAAUUGAUCUUGGACAAUGGAAAUGCCAUACUACCAGAUACAUCACUUACUACUAAUGGGGAACAUUUAUAUGUGUUAACACGGAGCAAUGUAUUGAAAGUAAGAGUAGAGCAUUGUUACAGUUUUACUAAUUGUUCCUCAUGUUUGGAAGCAAAUGAUCCUUACUGUGGUUGGUGUUCACUUGAAAGAAGGUGUACUGUUAGAAGUACUUGUCAAAAAGCAAGCCACAGUUCACCACGCUGGUUAUCUCUUGGUACUGGUCAACAAUGUAUUGAUUUCGAACAAAUAAACCCUGAUCGAAUUCCAAUUCACCAAAUGUCAAAGUUACAACUUGUAAUCAAAACGUUACCAGAAUUACCUGUCGGAGCAAAAUAUCGUUGUGUUUUUGGCAAAAGUGAUCCAUUAGAUGCAGUUGUUACACAAUUUGGAUUACAAUGCUCAACUCCUUCAAUUCAAUCACGUCCAAAAAUUCCAAAAAACCAAGAUCAUAUUUAUGUGUCUUUGUCAGUGAGGUCUUCUGAAACAAAUAAAGACUUUGUAAGCAGAAAUUUUGCUUACUAUGAUUGUUCAGCUCAUACCAGAUGCAUGGAGUGUGUUAAAUCCCAAUGGGCCUGUAAUUGGUGUGUCUACGAGAAUAAAUGUACAAAUAAUGUAUCCAGUUGUCAGCGUAUUAUUAUCAGUGGUGAAAAUAACCCCACUCGUCUUAAAAGCCAUGGUGCCAUGUUUUGCCCACGGUUUGUUCAACCAGCUCAAAAAAUAUUACUACCUAAUGGUGUUCCUAAAGAAAUAGUUUUACAAGUAGAAAAUUUACCUAACCCUCAAGUUGGACAUACAGGUUUUCAAUGUAUAAUUAACAUUGAAGGAGCCAAACUAAUGGUUCCUGCAAGGGUAGAAGAAAAAUAUAUCGUCUGUGAUAAAACUACUUACUCAUAUGAAACUAAUUCUGGAGAAUAUGAUGCAAUGGUCAGUAUGGUUUGGAACAGAAACCAUCAUGUUGAUACGAUAAAUGUGACAUUAUAUAAAUGUGAUAUUCUUGGAUCUCAUAGAGAACAUCCUGACUGUUCAUUAUGUGUUACACGAAAUCGCAAAUAUCACUGUACUUGGUGCUUAAGUACUUGUGUGUAUUCAGAAACAUGCUCAGAAUCAUCUAGCAACGAAUGUCCAAAACCAAGAAUAGACAUGAUAAAACCUCUUAGUGGACCAAUUGAAGGCGGUACUAUGGUCACUAUUGAAGGAAGUAAUUUAGGUCUAAAUAGAGAAGAUGUUUGGGGAAAAAUCCAUAUAGGUGGUAUUUUGUGUCAUUUAGUUGAUUAUGAAGUAUCUGUAAAGAUUGUUUGUAAAACUGGACCAUCAAAUGCUGAAAAGUUUGCUUCUAUUGUGGUUGGAAAUAAUGCUGGUCUGACUGAAUCAUCUGUACAUUUCAAUUAUAAGAGUGUUAAGCUUGAUAAAGUGACUCCUAGCAUGGGACCCCAGAGUGGUGGUACACUUUUAGCCAUUAGUGGACAUAAUUUAAACAUUGGAAGCUCAGUGACUGCAUUCCUCGACAAUUUCCCGUGUACAGUCAAUACAACUCAUGCUUCAAGCACAAGACUUACUUGUGUGACUUCAGCUGCGAAUAGACCCCUGACUGUAAAUUCAAUGCAUUUAAUCAUUGAUGGUUCUAAUAGAACAUUGGCCAAACCUUUUACCUAUCGAAGUGAUCCAACUGUUGCUGAAAUAAAACCACUAAUUAGCUUUUUGUCUGGAGGAAGAAUGAUAACAGUUCAUGGUACAAAUUUUGAUAUUAUCCAAAAGCCAGAAAUGGUUAUUUAUGUUGAUUCUGACUUCAUUCAUCCCAUCAAUAAGACCGAAUGUAUAGUUCUUAAUUCAGCUCAAAUGGAAUGUCCGUCCCCUUCUGCUAACGGUCAAUUCUUGAAAAAUAUAAAAAGUUAUCGGAAGCGAAGAAGACACGCUACUAAUGGAAAAUACUUAGAUUCUUAUUUGACUUUGAAAAUUGGUUUUAUUAUGGAUAAUGUUGCAGCUGUAAAAGAUUUAGAAAAACAUUUGAAAGUCUUACAGUCUCAAAUUGUUUAUGUGCAAGAUCCAAAAUAUUUCCAAUUCUCAAACACUAUAAAGUCAUAUAAAGGCGAUACAUUAGUUAUAGAGGGUGAAAAUUUGAAUUUGGCUUGUGAUGAAUCUGAUGUUAAUGUGACUAUUGGAAUGGAAGUCUGCAACGUUACUUCAUUGGCUAAUACGCAAUUAGUUUGUAUUCCCCCUCAAUAUCAACCACAAUCUAUUGAUGAUUUUGGUUCACCUACCAAAACAGGAUUACCUUUAGUUGUGGUUCGUGUGGGUAAAAAACUAAGAUUCAAUGUGGGAUACUUGCAAUACGAUGUGUUAUCGACAUAUUCAUUUUCACCUGAAGCAAUUGCUGGUGCAGUAACAAGCGCCUUAUGUAUAAUUAUAAUUUUUUUCAUUAUAUUAUUUUUAUACCGAAGAAAAUCCACACAAGCUGAAAGAGAGUAUAAACGUAUUCAAAUUCAAAUGGAUACGUUAGAAAGCAAUGUCCGGUCUGAGUGUAAACAAGCUUUUGCUGAAUUACAAACCGAUAUGACUGAUUUGACAGCAGAUUUAGAAUCUUCUGGUAUACCUACAUUAGAUCACAAUGAAUAUAUUUUAAAAGUAUUUUUCCCUGGAGUUCGAGAUCACCCUAUUUUAAAUGAAUCAAAGGUUGUUAUUGCUGGAUCAACAACAAAUUAUGAUGCUGCUAUGAUGCAAUUUGAGCAGCUAAUAAAUAAUAAACAUUUUGUAUUAUCAUUCAUUGAUACUCUUGAAUCUCAAAAAACUUUUAGCAUUCGCGACAAAGUCAAUGUGGCUUCUUUACUUAUGGUUGUUUUAAUGAACAAAAUGGAAUAUGCAACUGAUGUCUUAAGGAGUUUAUUACUUAGACUGAUUGAUAAAUCUGUGAUGUCAAAGCAUCCACAUCUAAUGCUACGAAGAACUGAAUCUGUAGUUGAAAAAAUGUUAACCAAUUGGAUGGCACUCAACAUGUAUAAGUAUCUUAAAGAUUAUGCAGGGUCUUCUUUGUUUUUACUUUAUAAAGCCAUCAAACAUCAAGUAGAAAAAGGUCCAGUUGAUGCAUUGACAUAUGAUGCUAGAUAUAGUUUAUCAGAAGACCGUUUACUUCGAGAACAAAUUGAUCAUCGUGUUGUUAAUUUAUAUGUUAUGCAAGAUGAAUUAGAUGAUAAAGUGCAAUGUAAAGUCUUAGAUUGUGAUACCAUAAGUCAAGUUAAAUCUAAAAUUCUUGAUGCUGUUUAUAAAAAUACAGCAUUCUCUCUUAGACCAUCUGUUUAUGGUGUUGAUUUAGAAUGGCGCCAUGGGCGGGGAGGUCACCUUACACUUCAAGAUUAUGAUGUUACUACCAAAAACUUGUGUGGAUGGAAAAAGUUAAACACUCUUGCACAUUAUGGUGUAAAAGAAACAGCAGUAAUGACCCUUAUUCCACGCCAACAUGACACAUACAAUAAAUCUUGUAUGCAAUCGUGCCAUAAUUGUACAUCUGGAUAUUAUUCUGGUCCCAUUAUAUCAACAACUAAUGGAGGUAUUGAGACCGGUUCUAGUUCCAAUGGUACUAUGUAUCACUUGAUUAGAUCUACUGAUUCACAGCAACAAUAUCAUUCAAAUAAAAUGCCUGAAAGAACCCAUAAGGCGAUUCCAGAGAUAUUUUUAACUAGAUUAUUGUCAACAAAAGGAACAAUACAGAAAUUUGUUGAUGAUUUUUUCUCAACAAUUUUAGCAGCCAAUGAAACUCUUCCACCAGCUGUUAAGUGGUUGUUUGAUUUGUUUGAUGAUGCUGCAAAAAAAUACAAUAUAAUUGAUCCAGAAGUUGUUCAUUCUUGGAAGUCCAACAGUCUUCCAUUGAGGUUUUGGGUGAAUUUCAUUAAAAAUCCAGAUUUCAUAUUUGAUAUUGACAAAACUCCUACAGUAGACUCUUGUUUGUCAGUUAUUGCUCAAACAUUUAUGGAUUCAUGUUCAACUUCUGAUCAUAGAUUAGGCAAAGAUUCGCCAUCAAAUAAACUUCUGUUUGCAAAAGAUAUACCACAGUAUAGAGAGACUGUAUUAAGAUUUUAUAGCGACAUUCAAAAAUUACCUCAAAUAACUGAUCAAGAACUAAGCACAACUAUGCAACAGUUAUCUGUUUCACAUUUUGGCCAAUUCCACAUAGUUUCUGCUUUGAAAGAACUGUAUAUUUAUGCUUCUAAAUAUAAUGAUGCAAUUUUGGAUUCAUUAGAGAUGGAUCCUUAUUGUCAAAAGAUUAAUCUCAGUCAUAAAUUAAAUAAGGUGGCUGGGACACUUGAAGGUGAUGAAGCGGCCAUAUGCUGACAGUAGACUGAUUAUUUACUUGCGACUCUAUCCUGUGAUAAAGAUGUUUUAAUGUGUACAGAUUACGUAGAAAUUAUAUUGACUUUUUUAAUAAUAUUUAUAUACAGUAUACAUAUAUUAUAUAUAGACACAUAAUGUUUUUAAUAUUACUUGCUAUUUUAGGCAAACUUAAGUUUACGAUUGACCACCAAAAUCUAUACGACUUAAUAUUUGUUAGGUUGUUAAAUUAAUAUUGUAGUUAUUUUAUUGUUGAGCUGAUCAAAACAAUUUUAUUUCACUAUAACACUGAAGACCGGCCUUGGCUUAUGUACAUUUUGAACUUUUAGUCUGAAAAAUUAAAUAACACAACUUCUUUUUUAAUAUUCCUUUAUUUUUUUGAAAACUUAACUUUAUUUCAGGGCUUGAAACCGAUUACCGGAAAUUAUUGGAACCUAAAAAUUGCUUACUGUUUUUUUAAACACAUUUUUAUUCCCGGUUACCGUGUUUAUUUUUCAGUUAACAUAAAAUAUUAUGAUAUCAUAAUAAGUAUUAACUGGGUACCUACUACCGUUACGUAUGAACUAUAAUAUGUUUAAUUUAUUUUAGCUACAUAAAUAAUGAUUAGCUUGUAGCUCCUAUAAUGGUUUAAUAAUUAAUUACUUCUUAAAAAUAUUCUUUAAUUAUACUACAUACUUGUAAUACAUCUGUUCUUAGAAAACUAAUAUUCUAUCGCUUAUCAAGAACUGAAAUUUUUUCGAAACAGUUACCACUUAUUCGGUAACCUAUAAUAUGGAAUGUAGUACCGGUAAUAGGUUACCGCUAACACCAGGACUGGUUUUAAACCGGUAAUCGGUAUCAAUAUUUUUUUUGGUUAACACCAAAGCGUUGACUGAUAAUUUUGAUAACGGUUUCAAUCCCUGUUUUAUGUGUAAUUUUUUUUAUUCAAUAUAAUCAUUAUUAUUUUAAUAUUUCUAAUAAAUUCCAUUCAAAAUAUGACACUUCAAUCAAAUUAAUUUGAGAUUUAUACAUAUUUUGGUUUUAUAUUUGUAACAUAGAAUAUCUUUCCCAAACAAUUUAAUUUUUAUUAUUAAAUCUGAAUUUUCGCUUUUAAUAAUCUUAAUUUUUUUCAUUAAUUUUGACUUAUUUAAUAGAAAACAAAUUGUAAAUAAGGGAAGUACAAAUUGGUAUACAUAUUGCUAUUAUGACUAAUAUUAAUAUUUUUUUUAUUGUUCUUUAAUUAAACACUGAGAUAAUUUUUUGUUUCUUACUUUUGUACUACUAAUAUAAACUAUAAAUAAUAAUUAAGUUAAAAUAUGUUUUUGCGUGGUCAAAUAGAAUUUACAUAAAAUUUUAAUAAGUUUAUUUUCUGAUUCCGUCCUGAUAAACAUGUUAAAAAUAUGUGAAAACAGUGCAAAAACAUUUAACUAAAAGAUUAUAUUCUAAAAGAAAUUGUGUUAUUAAACACGUCAAAUCAUAAUGAACAUUUUGUCUUUGCUCCGUCUAUAAGUGAAUUUUUAAAUUUUAUUAACAUAAAUGUGUAAUUAUUAAGUUACUACUUAUUAUUUUUGAUUAAAAUUUGUUUGACUUAAGUAUGUAUGUAUGUAUUUUUAUUUUUAUUUUUUUUUUAAAUUUCUAUCAAUGUUUAGAAGGUUGUGUUAAAUAAGUUCAGUUCCCAUUCAAUGCUUAUUGUUCUGCUUGUGUUGCUUCAAUUCAUGUAUUAUGACAAAAUCUGGCGUUUUUAUAAUUGUUUCCAUAUAAUUUUACAUUGCAUUUAUACGUGUAUAAUAUUUAUUUUAGACAACUACUUAAUCUAUUUAAUGUAUUUAUGGUCUGAUUAUUGUACACUGAUGGUAUCAUUUUAUAUUUCCCCUCACAUUGCUGUCGAUUAGUAAUCAAUAAUGUAUGUACAGUAUUUUAACAGUUACACAAUAAAUAUAUUUUAGUGAUAGAAAUGUAUUAUACGUUUCUUAAAUUGAUUUAUGACAUUUUGUUAAAGAAAUAUUUUUAGUAUUUUUAAUUAUUUUUCUUCUUAUUUUAAUAUUUAAUUUCUUAAACUAACCGUUGCAGUAAAACUGGACUGUUAAAAUAUUGUACACCUAUUUAUCUUAGUUAUAUUAAAAUCUCUUAGAUCUCACUAACUUAUGUCUAUUCAAUUAUGUGUCAUAUGAACAAAUUGUACUGUUGCAUUUAUCUGUACUUGUAUUCUUAAUAAUCUAGCAUUUUGAUGACUUCAAGCGUAUAAAAUCAAAACAAUUCUCUAUUUCUUUAGUGUAAAGUGUAUAAAUAUUAUUUUAAGAUUUAGUAUAAAUGUUAAAAUGAAUUACAUAUAUUAAUAUAUAUAAUAUAUAUAUAUGUGUUUGUAUAUAUUAUAUAUAUAUAAUAAAAUAUUAUACUAUUAUAAUGUGUUCAAAAUGUUUUUUAGGAAAGUAUUUUACACAAAAAAAAUGCAAAUUAAACAUUGAUCUAAAUUUAUUUAUUAUUAGUAUUUUUAUAAUUAUUGUUGUAUUUUGGUAUAAUAGACAAUAAGUAAACUUUGUCAAACCAAUCCAUAAUUAUCUGUAAAUUGUAAAUUCAUCUUUACCAAUUUUCAAAAAGCUGUAUAUAAAUCCUACAUAUUUCUAAUAUCAAAUAUUGUUUAAAAGAAAUUAAAUACAAUAGUGCACUUAUUUCUAUAGAAAUAUUAUCACCGCACAUAUUUAUGUAUAUUGUAUGUGAAUACAAUUAUACCUACAUCACAAACUCAGCAUCAUAACUUGCAGGAAAAAAAUAGUUUUCUAAAUCCAAAAAAGAUUAAGUUGAUUAAUAAUAUAUUGUAUUCAUAAACAUUUUAGAUUAUAUUGUAUUGUUGAACAGUUGUGUGUUAUGGAGCAUUCGACAUUUGACUGAAUUAUAGCCUUUCUAUCUUAGUGGCAAUUUAUUAAUAUUAAGUUAUUUAAACUAAUACUCAAGGCAUAUUAUAUACAAAUAUACAAUAUUCAUCAAAUAGACAGUCAAUAAAAUUGAAUGAUUCAUAGCACACAAUUAAAUUGUAAUCAACACACAAUACUAAAUAUUAAUGAAUUUAAGACAAACAUUGAUUUUUUUUCUACAUAUUUAUAAAUUAUUGUAUUAAUGUAUAUUGUUAAUUAUGUACAUAAAGCAAUUAUGUUGAGUCAUUUUUCUUAAGUGUAUUGUUGAUCCGAUAAUUAAUAUCAGAUAUACAUAAUUAUAUAUUA